AUGAUUAAAUGUGUACGUUGUGGAUCAAAAGGCUUCAUCAAACGACCUAAGACAGGCGAUGUUACCUGUCGGGAUUGCUUUAUCUGGUGUUUCGAAGAGGAAAUUCAUUGGACAAUCAAGACUUCUAAUCUACUCUCUAGAGGUGAUAAAGUAGCGAUUGGAGCAUCAGGGGGAAAAGACUCAACGGUUCUUGCUCAUGUGAUGAAAACCUUGAAUGAACGCUACGACUAUGGCGUUGAUUUAAUCCUCCUAUCAAUCGACGAGGGAAUCACUGGUUACCGAGAUGAUUCCCUUGAGACGGUUAAGCGUAAUAAAGUGCAAUAUGGUCUCCCCUUGAAAAUUCUUUCCUACAAGGAACUUUACGGUUGGUCAAUGGACGAGAUUGUUAGAAAGAUUGGUUUGAGAAAUAAUUGUACAUAUUGUGGAGUUUUCCGUCGCCAGGCCCUCGAUAGAGGAGCAGUCUUGGUAGGCGCUAACAAAAUCUGCACUGGCCAUAAUGCAGAUGAUAUUGCCGAAACAGUCUUAAUGAAUAUAGUUUGGUCAUAUAACUCCAAUAUUCCAGUUCUUAGGUGCGAUAUUGGCCGCCUGAAACGGUGUACAGAUAUAAUCACAGGUGCAAAUGGAAUGAUGCCUCGUUUCAAACCUCUCAAAUAUGCCUUUGAAAAGGAGAUUGUAAUGUAUGCUCAUGCGUUAAAACUGGACUAUUUCUGUACAGAAUGCACGUAUGCUCCCUAUGCUUAUAGGGGCUUUGCUAGAUCCUACAUCAAAGAUCUAGAAAAGAUUCGUCCUAGGAGCAUUCUGGAUAUAAUAAGUUCAGGGGAGCAGAUGGUUAUUAGAACUGACGCAAAGGUUCCCAUUCAACGUGAAUGCCUAACCUGUGGAUAUAUUUCUAGUCAGGAGUAUUGUCAAGCUUGUAUUCUGCUGAGUAAACUCAAUCAAGGCUUACCGGAAAUCGUAAUUGGAGAGGGUGAAAAGGCAAAGGUGGAUCGUUCGUGUAAAGUUCCUGAUGACGUAGCCAAUCUGAACAGAUUAAAUAUCAAUAAGGAUUUUUCUUGUACCUCUGGCUGCUCUGGAUCCUCUUGUAUGUCUGCCAAAUGA